AUGGUCAAAUUCACCCUCUCCUUUAUUAUUGCUGCCCUAAUUUCAGUGGCUGUUGUCCAAGUUCGUGCUGACAGUGCUACUGAUAAGGCAUUAUACGAUGCAAGACUAGCCGAGUUUAAAUCUGCUAUUGACACUCUGCCUACCGAAAUUCGAGACAAAUUCAAUGCGGCCAUAGCCAAGGUAGACUUAUCGUACUCUGAGGCUCAGGCCAAACAGACUGAAGCUGCUCGUGUCGCUAACGCCGCAAAUAUCGAUUCUGUAUCUACAAUCAGCUCUGAUGCCUCUACUUCUGCCUCGGUACCAGCUACUGUACUCUUAGCAACCAUUGUAUCCGCACUUGGACUGAUUGCAUUAAACUAA